AACUCCGCCUCCGGUCUCGGAUCCUCUCGCAUUCCUUCUUCACAGCCCCUCACGCUGAGGAUAGAGAGAGAGAGAGAGAGAGAGAGAGGAAGGGAAGGAGAAACAGAAGAAGGACGCACACACGAGCAGAGGAAGAAGAAAAAGAAGAAGAAGAAGGAAUAGAAGAGGGCGAGCAGCGAUACGACCAUGGCAAUAUCCAGAACGUCUCAGCCUGAGAUAGUGUCCGAUCCCAGCGCACUUCCAGCAGCGGCGACCACGGCUCGGAGCAUGCAGGCGCACAAUAGACAGAGUCCUGAUGAAUGAGGAUCUGUACCUGGGCCGUGGACAAAAUGAGGGUCAUCUUCAUCCAAAACGCCGGUUUCGUCGCAGCUUUCUCGCCUUUCUCGUGAUGUUGGCAGCGUUUAGGACGACAGAUAAUGUGAGCGAGUCAGAAUCAACCACAGGUAGAUCAUGCCAGUCUAUUAAGGAGUUUAUUUAGAUUUAUUUUUUUCCUUUUUUUUUUUUUUUUUGGAUGGGAUAGUGCUUGCACAUAUAUUAUAGCCAAUAGAGCAUCUUCGAAUCGAAAGCGUGUUCAGCUUCCGGCAUGCUCCCUGCUGCCGAAAUCUCAACACGAGCUGUAUUUUAACAUAAUAUUGGCACUAUAAUUAUUUUUAAUCUCAGAUAAAGAGGCGCAAAUCAUCGUAUUAUGGAGCGAUUCUUUUAGGCGUCCUGUGCUCCGUUAAUUCUAGUAGUAGGUUUAUUAUACAGCGAUUAAGAGGAGGAGGGAUCCAAUUUAUUUUGAUCAAAACCAAUUGAUCAAUCAAUCAAGACAAUCUGGAAAUGUCCCGUUUCCACACGUGAUAAUAUGAUAAGCGUUAUUCCUUGUAAUUUAUUUAUUUAUUAUUACUAUUAUUAGGCCUAUAAGUAUUAUAUUAUCAAUUGUUUUUAAGUAGCUAGUUUGGAAUAUUUAACAGUGGGCAGGUGGUGUGAACGCCUCCCUAGUGAGAUGGAUACCGUUUAUUUAUCGUCCCACCGCGGGACCCCCCGUCCCGAGGCCCCGAGAGGCCGCAGCCCCGCCGGCAGACCGGCGGGAGGCGGGACCGGGACCGGGACCGGGACCGGGACCGCCGACCUCCCCCCCGCGCCUCCAGCCUCGCCCCCUCCGGCCGCAGGUGGCUCACCUGAGGACGCGGGACGCAGAAGCGUGAAGAAACACCACCACAAGCACAACCUGAAGCACCGCUACGAGCUGCUGGAGACGCUGGGGAGAGGCACCUACGGGAAGGUCAAGAAGGCCAUCGAGCGACACUCCGGCCGAGAGGUGGCUAUCAAGUCAAUUCGCAAGGAGAAGAUCAAGGAUGAGCAAGACAUGGUGCACAUCCGCAGAGAGAUCGAAAUCAUGUCAUCCCUCCGCCACCCACAUAUCAUCUCUAUAUAUGAAGUGUUUGAGAACAAGGACAAGAUCGUGAUUGUGAUGGAGUACGCCAGCAAGGGCGAGCUCUACGACUACAUCAGCGAGCGCCGGCGCCUGAGCGAGAGAGAGACGCGACACUUCUUCAGACAGAUAGUCUCUGCCGUGCACCACUGCCACAAGAAUGGAGUGGUGCACAGGGAUCUGAAACUGGAAAAUGUGCUACUGGAUGAAAACUGUAAUAUUAAGAUCGCAGACUUCGGGCUGUCCAACCUCUAUCACAAGGACAAGCUGUUGCAAACCUUUUGUGGUAGCCCGCUCUACGCUUCACCAGAGAUUGUCAAUGGGAGACCGUACCGUGGCCCAGAGGUGGACAGCUGGGCUCUUGGGGUGCUGCUGUACACCCUGGUCUAUGGAACGAUGCCAUUUGAUGGGGGAGACCACAAGAACCUCAUUCGCCAGAUUAGCAAUGGCGAGUACAAAGAACCUACUCAGUCCUCAGAUGCCCGUGGGCUGAUUCGCUGGAUGCUCAUGGUGAACCCCGAACGUCGGGCGACAGUGGAAGACAUUGCCAAUCACUGGUGGGUGAACUGGGGCUGGAAGAACAGUGUGUGUGACUGCGAGACCCAACGUGACCAUGGAGGCUCGCCCAUGCUGGCCCGCUUCAUCGACUGGCAGAACCGCACUGAGCCACGUGGUUCUGGGGCCAAAGCUACGGCCAUGCCACCGCUGCUGCGCCAGAGGCCCAAAAAGUCCAAGAAGGAAAACGUGGAAGCGGGACAGACCCACUGCGGAGCGGAGGACAAGCCUGGUUUGAAGAGACCCAAGGGCAUCCUGAAGACGAGGGUGACCGAGGAGCAGCAGUCCGCCAGUCUGGAAGAGGUGGAGUCAGUUCAGGCAGCGUUGCUUCAACAAGCUGAAGGGGGAGAGGAGGCCACGAGUCCUGAUCGAGAGGAAGAGGAGCCAGCCCUGGGAGGAGGUUCUCCAGCCAAGAUGGUGCCCUCCCUGCCAAAGAAAGGCAUUUUGAAGAACAACCAACAGCGGGAAUCAGGGUACUACUCCUCCCCAGAGCGCAGUGAGUCCUCUGAGCUUUUGGGGGGCGCCAGUAUGUCUCUGCUCGCCACCUCUCCACCAAAGAGAGCCAUGGGGAGAAAGGGCAUCCUGAAACGGAAUGGAAAGUACUCCACCUACAGCGGGAAUCCUUCAGCGGCAGCAGUGGCUGGCGUUCUCUGCGAGCCUCCUCCCCCACCCGACUCAGGUCUGUCCCGCAGUCAGAGUCGACCCUCCAGCAUCGUGGGUGAGGACAGCUCCGUGCUGUCCCUGUCGCCCAGCUCCCUCGGCGGCGCCGAGUGGCACCCCUCCACCCCCCACCUCCGCUCCAACAUCAGGGCUUGCGUCUCCGCCGAAAACCUGCUGCAGCUCGCCAACUUCAAGGGCUUCCAGGCGGUCCAACCACUCCAGGGAUCCAAGUUCAGCCGCGGGCCCAAAACAAAAGGCUCCCCAGGGGACAAUGGCAGCUUCUCUUUGCUGGGGGACCUGGAGGACAUGACUCAGGUGUACCAGCAAGCCCUGGACAUCAGCAGUAACCUCAACUAACAGAAGGGCGGCAGAGAGAGAGAGAAGAAGCAGAGGGUUGAGAACACGAGCGCGCUUGUGCGUGUGUGCAUGUGUGUGUAUGUGUGUGAACAGAUGUGUGGCAUUAACGACCAGUGCAUUGCUGGGAUACACCUUUUGGGGGUUGUGGCUUCUCAAAUAGGGCUGAAAUCUUGAUGGAACAAAGAAAUGUUUAUGCUCACUCACACAUGCACACACCAAAGGUGUACUUCUCUUGGCAAAAAAAGGGUUUUGUGAACCGAGGAGAGACGGAUCUGGCACCAGAGAAUGCCACCCAGUCUGCUCUCUUGGACCGCCCAUAGACUUUGCUGUGUUCAACAUGUUUACAUAUUCAGCAAGAAGGCAAGUUAGAAUCACAAACGCAGCGACCAGAAACUGGUUGGCUCUCUUUGUACACCAACCCAUUUUGAAUAUGAGUUUACAAAAGCACCUUAAAACUCACACACAGAGCACAUGCUUUUGUGAUCUUUACUUCCUUUAUAUGAGAGAGAGAAAAAAAAGAAACAAACCAGGGUCUUGUUCUGAAAAUACCUAACAUUGCUGAUUAUUUAUUAAUAUUUUGUAGCUUUAGUUUUAAGUGCAAAAACUGGUGGGUGCUGGUUAUUACUGGAAGAGUACAAAGCUCCUUGUCUCCAACUCUUUUUGUGGAACUGACAUAUAUAAUUCUGUUACUCAGCAAUGAGAAACAUAUAUAUACUCGACAUGUAUAACUCUGCCCGUGCCUGUAAAACACGCAGGCAAAUAUAUCUUCAUCAAAGUGUAUGUCCUAUAUAUGUGUAUGAUGCUAGGGAAUAUGUAGGAAGUGCCUUUUUUGAUCCACAACAAAAAAUUAUGUAUGUCAUUUCCCGGAAUUGGAAGGAAAAGCCAGACCAACCUGUCACCAGUUGAGCUUUUUUUUUUCAUGUUGUUUUUGAAUGUGGAGAGACCCAGGGCCUUCAGAGCACAGCUGACUAACUUUACUUGCUUUCGGGGUUCAAAGGUCGAACGGAGGCGGAUGAGAUCAAACGGUCUUGUCUCGCUCUCACACACAGAUAAAAAAACCAGCAUUUACAGGCCACCUCGGAGGGAAAAAUGCUCCUCUGUGUUCUUUGUCUGUGUUUGAGCCAUGGUUUGGUUUGUCAGCAGUUUAAGGUGGCUCGGUUGAACACGGUUUUUGCUGGCGGCACAAGAAGUCUGGAGGGGCUCACCGAAUGGGACAUGUAGUGAAGGGAGAUGGCGCAGACACCAUCUCACAGUCCAGGAAUGCGCCUGGCUCUCUUAACCUUGGUCGUUUCACAUAUUCAAGGCUACCUGAUAGAACAGGCUGUUGAGUGAGAAAUGCAGAAAUGCUUUUCUUCCUUUUUUUUUUUUUUUUGACGCCAAAGACAUGCAUUAUGUUAAUAUUUUCUUUGUCGUUCACCAGAAGAGCCAAGUAAGGCCGUUUUGUUUUAGCUCGCUGAUGAGACAGCAAAUUCCUCCGACAAAGUGCCGGAGACGCGUUGGUGCUGGAGAUCUGUAUCAGCCUCAGACCGAGUCAGCACAGGUGGGAUCCGCAGCUCCCCGCUCGGCCCUCCAGCUGUGUAUACUACUUCAUUAUGUCAACCAAGCACAAAUUAGCCAGCUAUUGUUUUCAUUUGAGUGUAAGAAAGAGGCCGCGAGCGGAGAUCUGCAGCUAGAGGGAGAAGGAAGGCGUGAGAAAGAGUGAUGCAUGGAACGGUGCUGAGAUUAGAGAGGGCUUUCCUGUGAAACACAGGAAAGGUCAAGGUGUUAGAUUUAUUUUUUGAAGGCUUUGCAAUGUAGAUUAGUGAAAGUAAAGAAUGUUCGUAGAAAGAGUAGAUGGAAAGUUGUUUUGUUUUUUCUUUUAAACCAAAGAUUUUACUUGAUUUGACUGGUGGAUAAAGUCAGUGACUAAUGAGACUUCUUGGAUUAUUCUUUGAAAUGGAAUCCCCAUUGGUGAAUGAAAUCACCCCCAUGCUGGCUUUACCUCAAGUUUGUUUUAUUUUUCUUUUAUAUCUUGCUUGAGAUGCUGGAGGAUAUUGAUACAGCUUGUCUCGAGGGUCAUCGGGUGUCUUCCGUACAGCCCUGAAACGUGUCUUUUGAACAGCAGCUACAAAAAUACGAGGCCGAUGACAGACAUCACCCUCACUAUCAGAUGAUUUGAACGGAAAAGCAUGCGGUAGACGACCCCGAGGUGAAAGAUCACGUGUUGAAUGUUUUCAGUGGUCCGCUCGUGUGAAGGAAAGGUCCUGGGUACAGAGUCAAAUGAACGACCCACUGCGUAUUAUAUUGCAUUUUAUUGCCUUUUUUGUAUUGCAUUUUAUUGUCAACUGGAUUUACAGUGAGAAAAUUAUACUAUGUUAGUAUUUUGUUUUAUUAUGCUUCUGUUUUUGAUUUUCCAAAAUAUAAGAAACUUUAUAUUGCUUUAUGUUAUGGCAGAAAAUAUUUCCUUCCUUGAAGUAUUAGAAUUUCUUUCCCAAAACAGACAAAUCAGAUGUGAAAUUGGUGUAAUCUCAUUUCCCCUUGUCAUGGUGAACCUGUGGGUCAGACAACCUCCAAAUGGCAAAACCAAAAAUUUUAAAUAAAAUGUCAUUGUCAUGGGGAAACGUACAAUCAUUUGUACAAAUGUCUCAACAACUGACCCGAAUAUAAUUGUAUUUCCACCUCCGCCAAAUGUGAGGGAGGCCCUCAAAGCUUUAUGAAUUACACCAGAAGAAACGGGAAUAAAGCGACGGAAAGAAUCUGAUGAUGAAACUUUAACUCUGCCAAACUGGAAAUAACUGGUGCAUAUCUGUUAGUUAGCAGAAAGUCUAAUCAUAGGAAAACUUGACUGGAUAUUGUUAUGACAAUAAUAAUGAUAAAUUAGUAUUAUUAUGUUAUUUAAGUAUUAUUUUCGUAACAGCUCAUUACUAUUGCUGACUAUUGCCACAGUUUUGGUUUUACUGUUUUAUUUUGUCUGUGGGUGAUCCUGGACUGCCAAGGUUUAUUAAGUUGCGUGCCUUUGGUAUCUUUAAUGAACUUCUUUUUUUUUUUUGAUAAUGGAAAUUAUUAUCAAUGUGUUUUUUAUACUAGUAUUUAUUGAUCAAGCCAUUUACGAUUGUUGUCAAAGUGCUCCGUGCUCAUGCUUCGGCCUGUUUCGGACUGUGUGAUGCUUUCAGGAUGUGCUGCACACAAAAAAAUAAUGUUGCUUGUUCAAAAUUGAGUGGUAUCAUCUCAUUGUGAAGGCAGCAGUCAAGCGUGUAUUUGUAGGAGUUAAAGAUCAAUAAAAGUUCCUCAAACCCUGUAAAAUGUCUUAAUUCAAGUCAACACAAUGCCCCUGUAGUACUGUAUCAACUCAAAUAAAUGGAUCUUGAAAGC